GCCCCUAAAAAAAAGAAGGCAAAAACAGAACAUAAAAAGCCCACUCCUAAAAAAUCAGUUAAAGAAAAUGGCAAGAAGGAAAAGCCAGCACAGAAGAAAGAAACAAAGAAACCCAAACCUGCGGCAAAAAAGAAACCAGCUAUCGAAGAAUCUGACUCAAUGUCUGAAGAUUCUGAGGAUGAGCCUAUUGCUAAAAUGAAGAAAUCUCCACCUACUAAUGCAGAGAUUAAAGAUUUAGUCAAGAAAAUUUUGGAUGGUGCCGACCUGGAAACAGUAACAAUGAAAACCGUGGUUAAACAGGUAUAUGCCAAGUAUCCAUCAUUUGAUUUGUCAGAUAGGAAGGACUUUAUUAAAGACACAGUAAGAGAGGUGAUUUCAUGA